UCUUGGUGUAACAGAAGAGAGGUGGGUUGGAGAUUUGCUGAAUUGGCGUGAAGAAAUCGGGACCCGCUGAAGAAGUCUUCGGGAAAACAACGGUUUCUCGAUUGCUGGGAUUGAAAGAAUGUACUUCAAAGAACUCGAAUCUCGAUGAAUACAAAAAGAAUCUCUUCUCUACCGUGUAGAAGCUGAAGAAGCGAACUCAAACACCUCUUCCUUUUGGCAGGCAUUGGUCCAAAUUCCUUGGAAGCGACAGCCAAUGUGGUAAAACCCAGCCAGUCAUCUCUCGCCACGGUAGGGCACCAAACAAUUUUUUUUUUUCGCAGAUCGCUUGGCGCUCAAGCAAGGUACUAUAGUAUAUAAACUUGCUCACAUUAUUCCCUCAAAGGAAAUCUCUUAAAUCUUUUGUCCAUGGCGCCACUGUGGCUAUGGACGAUCGCGGCGUUAUGCGUAGGUCUGGUGUGGAAGGCGGUGACGAAGCUCUUGCUCAAGCCCUGGAUCCUCGAGGCCAAGCUGCGGCGGCAGGGUAUUCGGGGCCCGCCCAGGUCGAUUCUCUCAGGAAAUGUCAAGCACAUAUUUGAGAUCCGGACUCACGUCGAGGCCAAAUGCAUCGAAGGGCCGAUCACCCACGAUAUCAUGGACUAUGUCCAGCCACACCACCUCCAGUGGGCUAAACUCUAUGGACAACCAUUGCGGUGGUGGUGGGGAAGCGAGCCUGGCGUUGUUCUUACGGACCUCGACAUGAUCAAAGAGGUGCUCUACAACAAGGCUGGAGCGUUUUGGAACUCCAACUGGCAGCGUCAGCUCCAGAUCGAUCUCCUGGGCCGAGGCAUGGCCGUCGUGAAUGGAGACGAGUGGGCGUUGAGGCGUCGCAUCCUCGCACCGGCCUUUCACGCCGACAAGAUCAAGCUCAUGGUCAGCGGCAUGCGAGAUUGCGUAGCAGACAUGCUGGAGAAAUGGAAUGCUCUCACAGAAGGCAAAGAAGAGCCCAUCGAACUGGAAGUUUGCAAGGAGCUCACGACACUAACGUCGGACAUUAUCUCUCGAGCGGCAUUUGGCAUCAGCUACAAGCAGGGCCACAGAGUUUUCGAGCUGCUGGAUCAAGUGGGCGAGCUCGUCUACCGCAAAUUUUCAUCGCAAUGGAUACAGAGCAAGCUUCCAUUCUCCAAGAUCAACCGCGAUAUCAAAGCCGUCAAUGCCGAGGUGCGCUCGACGCUGGAAGAGAUUGUCCAAGUCCGGAAGGAUCAAACGGCGGCGGGAGAGAUCGAGGGCUAUGGAAGUGAUCUCCUCGGAGUGAUGCUCAAGGAAGUCGACGCGGAGCACUAUGAUGCAAAGACCGGGCUCUCCUUCACCAUUGAUGGCUUGAUGGAGGAAUGCAAGACGUUCUACAUCGCGGGACACAAUACCUCGGCUAAGUAG